UGCAGGCUCCCCAUAUUAUUCAAACAUCUGCUUAAACUAAAAGAGCAACAGGAGGACGGUUUUUUUCGUUAAUUCCGAAAUCAUCAGAAUCAAAUGGUCCGGACUUCUUGCUUCAGGAGGGAGCGAUUUCUUCCGCCAUUAUGAAGGCAUUUGUGGACCAUGGCAGCGUAAACUUUGUCCAGACUUUGGUCACCACGGCGGAAAGUGUGGCGGCGACGACGACGACGACGCCGAAAAAAAAUCAUGUCGACGUGACGGACCCGAGUCUAAUUGUGUACAAUCAGCAGCAGGGGGCGAGUAACAGUAAUAAGGAGACGGUCGUCGUUUUCCUCUCCAUUUCCGUCAUUUGUAUAACUUUCUACUUUUCCUACCAAUUUUGGAAGAGGAAUAGGCGUAGAAGGUGCUCCAUUUCGAACUGGUGGAUUUCCAGGUUGGAGGAUUAUCGCUACUCGAGAUUAAGUCAGAACGAGAUUGACGUAGACAGCAUUCAGUUCAACCAUCCGCUCCACGAGGGAGGUGGCAGUGGGGCCGGUGGAGGGAGUGGAGGGCACCACGUGGGGGACCAUGUCGACGAAGAGGAGGAGGAGGACGAAGCCGACUUUCGUCAGGACGAGUGCCCCUUCGAAGAUGAGUUUGACAGUUUCGAGGACAGGAAGCCAUUCACUGAUCCGACACCGGCCACUUUACAUAUUGAGACGGACAACAGUUUUCUAGCGAGGCAUGCUGAUUACCGGACUGCCUCCUCCUCCAUCCUUAUCGACGACUUAUCCGAUGAGCAGGACCUCCUCCAGUGAUUCGUCUCCGUCUAACAAGAAGAAAACCUUAACCCAUCCACAACUUUGGACAAAACAAUCUGAAAAAAACAAUUGGAUUGCACGAAAUAAAAUCAAAACCAAAAAAUACGUUUUCGAAAUAAAUACAAAAAUUGGUGUCUUCCCCCAAAAAAGCUGUCUCCCUGACUGGAUACAUAAAUAAAAUACGUUAACGGUCCUGCCGAAAGGAUGUGAUUUUCUCAUCUUUUUCAUCUCACGUUUUUUGGCACGUCCGCCCUUAAGUCGAACAAACAUCGGCCUGACAGGUCACAUCCUUUCCGCACGGCCCUUAACGUAGGACUCGAUGACUCAUCGCUAAAAGAGUCAAAAUCAACACAUUUUAAAUCGUUUCUCGCCUCUGGGAAUUUAUUUUAAAAUUCUGGACGACAAAUUUGUAGAGCAGGGAGUUGACAAUUUUUUGAAAAUAUACAUUCUAGAUUUUCACCUUUUGAAGGAGGAGAUCUGACGUUUAAGAAGCCUCCAGAAAAAUUGGAAUUCGUCGUAACUGGCUUAAAACCUCAGCCCCAUUCCAUUAAUCAACUCACAAAUUCGUCAUCCAGAAUUUUAAAAUAAAUUCCCAGAAACGAGAAGUGAUUAAAAAUAUUCUGAUUUUGACUCUUCUGGUGAUGAGGCAUCGCCUCCUACGUUAACACAAUCUUACCACGACUUAUCUUCAUGUUGAUACAUAAAUACAUAAAUAUUUAGAGAAAUAAAAAAAAUAUAUAAUAA